AUGCCAUCAUCGUUGGGUUUACCAAGAAGUCUCUCAUUACAAGAGACAUUUUCUUUUAGGAGUAAAAAGCAAAAAAAAACUUCCAAUAAUAAAUCUUUUGGUUUACCUACGAUACAAUUGGAUAGAUUUUUAACAAACGAAGGACAUCAAUUGGUGACAUCUUACUUUAAAUUAUCUCAAAUACAAAAUCAUAUUCAGAAAGGAACAUUACAUAAAAUAACCGAAAAGGACGUUGAUGAAUUAUUAAAAAGCUAUGGUGGUCUAUCAACUCCCGUAUACGAAACAUUAUCAUAUCAAGAAUUAAAUUUAUCACAUAACGAAUGUAAAUUAUUAGCUAAAUUGUUAAAAGCUAAUCACGUUACGAAUAUUCGUAAAUUAAAAUUAUCAAAAAAUCAUUUAAGUGGAUCUUCGAUCAAAGUUAUUUUUGAAGCUUUACAAAAAAAUUCGACGGUUAAAGUAUUAGACUUAUCUUUUAAUAAUUUAGCCGAUAAUGAAGCAAAAUGGUUGGGAAAAUUAUUAAAAAAGAAUAAUACGAUUAAGGAAAUUUAUUUGACUCAUAAUCGUAUCAAAUCAGAUGGUGCGAGAUAUUUGUCCAAGGCUUUAAUUAUGAAUGAAUCGGUUGAAAGAUUAAGUUUAGAAUCAAAUCUAUUAAAUGAAGAAGGUGGUAAAUACAUAUCAAAUAUGUUGGAAGAGAAUGAUACCAUCAAACAUAUUCAUCUAGGAAGUAAUAAUUUGAGUUUAGAAGGGGUAAAGGCCAUUGCAAAAUCACUUGAAUCAAAUCGAUCUCUGGUCAGUUUAAGUUUGGAUAUAAAUAAUAUAUCCGAGGAAGGGGCGAAAUCCUUGGCGUUAUCACUUGAGGUUAAUCAAAGUUUAACUCACCUUUAUAUGCCAAGAAAUAAUAUCGGUGAUCAAGGGCUUAAAUAUAUUUGUGAAUCAUUACCUAAAAAUUCGGUCUUAACUUAUCUUGACAUCGAAUUUAAUAAUAUCGGUAGGAAUUAUAAUGUUGAAGGAAUGAAAUCACUUGGUGAAUUAUUAGAAAGUAAUAAUAAAGUCCCAAGAGCGAUUAACCUUACUUAUAAUCCAAUCGGUGAUGAAGGUUGUGAACAAUUAUUUAAAGGUUUUCACAAGAAUACUACGUUAGAAUCUCUCAUACUUUCAAAUUGUAGCAUUGGGUUAGAUGGUAUAAAAGCUAUAGCCGAAUCAUUAAAAUUGAAUAUUGGUUUGCAAAAUCUCUCUCUUAAUAAGAAUUCCAAUAUGGGAGCUGAUGGUCAUUUGAUGUUGGCCGACGCUUUAGAGAAAAAUACUUCAUUAAAAGGUGUACAAUUGGAUUAUAAUUUUGCUGAUUGGGAGUCAAUUGGUAAUUCGAUACAAAAAUCUCUCACUCGUAACCAUUUCUUACAAAAAGAAAAAUAUAAAACUGCUGCUAAUAUUCUUAAAGCCUCAAGAAUAUUAUUAAAUCCCACUUUACAACAACAAUUACCAACUUGUAUGUCUUGUUCAACUUCUCCUUUGAUUUCCCCUUUUAUCUCCCCUUUGAUCUCCCCUUUGAUCUCUCCAAUGAUCUCUCCAAUCACUUCUCCGAUCUCGACUCCAAAAAGAUUAUCCAUACAACCACCAGAAAAGAAAUCAUUUUCUAAAUUACCUUUUGAAUUACAAGAAAAUAUACUUGCUUAUUUAGAUACAAAUCACGUUCUUUCAAAGAAUCAAAUUUUAGAGAUUAUUAGUUUUUCUUUGAAAAAAUCUACUUUAAAUUCCACUAUGGUAGAAUUUUUAUCGAAAACUCUUUCUGCAUAUUAUCCUUUAACUCCUGAUGUUAGACUUUGGCCUACCGAAUCUACUGAUUCUGAAUUUUUUUCUUCUGAACGCUUUUAA